AUGUCUUCAAAUAGCAACUACACUCCAUGGCAACGUGGUACCAAUAAAGAUGGUAAUCAAUAUGACCACCGAGGCGACGGAGCGGCGAGAGGAGGAACAUAUCACUACAGUAACCGAGACGGUUCUUACUACUACCAAAAUAGAGAUGGUUCUACAUAUUAUAGCUCACCUCAAGGCUACGGAAAGUAUACAAGACCGUAUAAGGACCGCCGAUAA